GCCUGUUGACACUCAUGUGCUCAAGUGUCUCCUAGUUUUUCCACAGAAUCCAGGGCACCUUUGGCACGAUGGCGCCGUCAAGGUAACAUUGCUGCCGAACCGAACCUGUGAGAUGGCUCGCCGAGUCGCAAUUCCGAUACAUUAUCGAUUAUCCAUCUCGUCCGGAUCCAUCCUUACAUCUGGUCCAAGUCCUACUUACCCUAGCACCCUUUUUACGACGCUCAGGACGCUUUGGCAACCGCAGCGGUGAUCAUGGUCAGGUGCUGCACUCUAUCCAGGUCCGACAAAUUCCCGAAGUUAUUCAAGAGGGUCGAGGACUUCCCCAGGACUAUUUAAUUUCGAACUACUUUGAAAUUUCACGGAGACGACACCCAUGUUGUUCAACCUCUCGCUCUUUCUCGCUGGCCUCAUUCAGGCUUCAGUAAUCAAAGCCCAUACUAUAGUUCCUCAGGGCUUCGCGACGGCUAACGGCGAUCAAUUUGAAGUCGACGGUAAACCAUUCGCGUUUGUUGGAGCGAAUUCAUAUGUACGGUCAGAUACUCACAAGUCCCGCAAACAUGGUCUGAAUUGAAUCGGCGACAGUGGCUACCUUUACUCACUACGAAAGAGGAUGUAACAAAUACAUUUGAAGAGAUGAAAAAUGCAGGGGUGAAAGUCCUGAGAACUUGGGGAUUCAAUGCGAUCAACGGUAGCGAAUUGGAAUACGCGCACAAGUCAGGCCUCACGUACUACCAGGUUUGGAAUAGUAGCGAAUGGGUCAUCAACAAUGGCGCUCAGGGACUGCAGCGCCUCGACUACGUCGUCGAGACCGCCGCUAAAAACAACAUCAAGAUCAUUUUAGCACUUACCAACAAUUGGGUUGGCUAUGGCGGAAUGGAGCUCUACAUCAACUGGAUUGCGGGGUCAGGAAACACUCACGACAUCUUCUACACUGAUCGAAGAAUACAAGUGUCCUACCAACGAUAUGUGAAAACGAUAGUCGAACGUUACAAAGACUCCUCUGCUAUCUUUGCUUGGGAGCUCAUGAACGAGGCCAGGUGCCUAGGCGAUCUUUCUGGUGGACCAGCGUGUGUGCCAGGCUCGCAAACACUGAGCAAAUGGUACCGCGAGCAGUCGGAUUUCGUACGCAGCUUGGACCCAUAUCAUAUGAUCACGACUGGAGGGGAAGGACAUUUUUAUUGGAAAGACCCAAAGUUCGCGUCUGACUAUAAUUUUAAUGGACAAGCUGGAGAAAACUUCGAUCUGGACUUGACAUUCCCUAACAUCGAUUUUGGAACUUACCAUCUAUAUCCCCAGUCUUGGUACGCGUCCCAGGAUUUUCCAGGUUCCAAUUUCUCAUCUGUGCAAUGGGGCAUCGACUGGAUCACAUUUCACGCGGAGGCCGCCAGACAGGUAGGAAAGCCUGUGAUCCUAGAAGAGUUUGGUAUGAGUGGAUUGGAAAAUAAAACCACCGCUUAUCCCGCCUGGGUCCAGCGUGCACUUGAUACAAAGAUUGGAGGGUAAAAAUUCUCGGGAGUUCACUGUAUAGUCCCCCGAGAUUUUGACGGGAAUUCUUUGUAGCAUAAUGCCAUGGCAAUUCGGUAUGCUCGGUUUGAAAGAACACAAUGGAAACCACCUGUUCAAAUACGCGGACGCCCUCAUCGACGGAGCUUCCCCAAAUGAUGGGCUCGCCAUCUACAAGAACCAGUCAAUUGUCUGGAAUAUAUUUACUCGCGCUGCUGAGGUGCAAGCUUCCAGAUCCCAUUAAAGACGUGGAGAAAGUCACUACUGUUUCAGGUCGAAAAAUGUAUUGUGCUGUCGCGUCCAGGAAUAUCUGCCAGUGUCGUCAAUGUGAAAUUUUUGCUUGGAACAAAUGAAACUGGCUUACAGGGGGUGUCCCUUCUAAGA